AUGCGCGACUUCGCCAGCUUCCUCCAAGGGAAGCCCACUCUUCCGUCCCUGUGGACCGGCAACAUCAACUUCGCAAAACUCAACCCCAUACCGCACCGAUACCGAUCCAACCGAGCAAAGAGGAAUCAGAAGAAGCGCGCCAGCGGCCCCGAAGAUGUCGUAUCUCUGCAAAAGUCCCUCAACCCUCUCGAGACCCUGUCAAAGUUGAGGAAUCACAAGUGGAGACUGCUCGACUUGCAGUACAUCAUCCUCGUCGCCCUCAUCGUCUUCUCCCUCUGUAUCACGCCCUCAGCGCCCUUGAUUAAGACCGCUGCCGUCGCUGGUGGUCUCCUUCUCCUCACCGUUCCUCUCACCAGCCAGUUCUUCUUUCCUGGAUUGAGCAUAUGGGCCUACCUCAUUUAUUUCUUUUGUAGCCGCUUCAUUGAUGCGAAAUACCGUCCCCACAUCUGGGUGCGCGUCCUUCCCGCCCUCGAGAACGUCCUCUAUGGCGCGAACCUGUCCAACAUCCUGUCCGCCCACACCCACCCCGUUCUCGAUAUCCUCGCGUGGAUUCCGUACGGCCUGGGCCACUUCGGUGCCCCCUUCGUCUGCGCCGCCUUCCUCUUCUUCUUCGCCGCCCCCAAGACCCUCCCGGUCUUCGCCAAGUGCUUCGGCUGGCUGAACGUCCUUGGCGUUACAAUCCAGCUCGUCUUCCCCUGCACUCCUCCGUGGUACGAGAACGAGCACGGCCUGGCUCCCGCUGCGUAUGGCAUGUCUGGCUCCCCCGCCGGUCUGGCCAGGAUUGACGCCAUUCUGGGCAUCGACAUGUACACGACGAGCUUCAGCACCGCCCCCGUGCCCUUCGGCGCCUUCCCCUCCCUGCACGCCGCUGACGCCGUUAUCGAGGCGCUCUUCCUGAGCUACUGCUUCCCCCGCUUCCGCCCUCUCUUUUGCCUGUACGUCGGCUGGAUCUGGUGGGCAACCAUGUACCUCAACCACCACUACGCCGUCGACCUGGUUGGCGGAUCCCUCCUCUCCGCCGGCAUCUUUUACUACGCCAAGUCCCGGUUCCUGCCUCAGCAGCAGGCCGACAAGAAGAACCGCUGGGAAUACGACUACGUCGAGAUUGGCGAGCAAACCAAGAUUUGGGACGAGGAAUAUGGCCGCAUGUACAACAUGGGGUACCUCCAACGCCGUACCAGCUCCGAUAGCGACGAGUGGACCGUUGGUAGCACCUCGAGUUACAGCUCUUCAAGUCGGGGCAGCGGCAGCCUGAGCCCCGCACUUUCCGAAGAAUCCGGCCGCAGCAUUUUCAGCAUCGAGAUCAAGCCCAACGCAGACCGAUACGAGAUUCCUCAGCUGAAGGAAAUCGCUGUCAGGUAG